AUGAGAAAUCACACAGCAAUAACAACAUUCAUCUUGUUGGGACUCACAGAGGACCCAGAGCUGCAAGUUCUUCUUUUUAUCUUCUUAUUUCUCACCUAUGUGCUGAGCAUGACUGGAAAUUUGACCAUUAUCAUUCUUACGUUCAUGGAUUUUCAUCUCAAAACACCUAUGUAUGUUUUUCUUCGAAAUUUCUCCAUCUUAGAAAUCUUAUUCACAACAGUAUGUAUUCCCAGAUUCCUGUACAGCUUAUCAACUGGGGACAAAACGAUCACUUACAAUGCUUGUGUUAGUCAAGUAUUUUUUAUUGGAGUUUUUGGGGCCACAGAAUUUUUUCUCCUGGCAGCCAUGUCCUAUGACCGCUACGUGGCCAUUUGCAAACCUCUUCAUUACACCACCAUCAUGAACAACAAAGUCUGUACCAUCUUUGUCUUCUGUAGCUGGAUCUCUGGAUUGCUGAUCAUCGCCACACCCCUUGCUAUGGGUCUCCAGCUGGAAUUCUGUGACUCCAAUGCCAUUGACCAUUUUGGCUGUGACCCAUUUCCUCUUUUUAAGAUUUCAUGCUCAGAUACUUGGCUUAUAGAACAGAUGGUUAUAAUCUGCGCAGUACUGAUAUUCAUUAUUACACUCUUUGGUGUCAUUCUUUCCUACGUAUAUAUCAUCAAGACAAUUCUAAGAUUCCCUUCUGCUUCCCAAAGGAAAAAAGCUUUCUCCACCUGUUCAUCUCACAUGAUUGUUAUUUCUAUCACAUAUGGCAGCUGUAUUUUCAUCUAUAUCAAGCCUUCAGCCAAAGAACAGGUGGACAUCAAUAAAGGGGUAUCUGUGCUCACUACAUCUGUUGCUCCUUUGUUGAACCCUUUCAUUUAUACUUUGAGGAACAAGCAAGUAAAACAAGCUUUUAAUGACACAAUAAAAAAAAUUGCAUUUACCUUACACAGUAAGAGCACAUGGAAUUUGAAAACUUAA